AUGGCCGAAGUUUCGUUCAUCUGUAAACGAACCGUGAUCAGCACAAAGCCCGUGCAGCCCGGAAAAUUCUGCCCUCUAUCAGUUCUGGAUCGCGUUAUGGAACGCAAUUACCUUCACAUCGUUCUCUAUUACCAAUCUCCAGUGGAGAGGAAACCCGGGGAGCUUACUAAGAAACUAAGAGAGGCAAACGCUGAAAUGCUUUCUUCUUUUCCUAUAAUUACAGGACGACUAUUGAAGACUCCAGAAGGGCACUGGACGAUCAAGUGCAAUGAUGCCGGGAUGAGGAUGGUGGAGGCAAGGGCGAAAGGCAGUGUCGAGGAGUGGCUGCAGAAUUUGGAUAGGGAAAAGGAGCUUCAACUUGUUCACUGGGAGGAAAUGUUCCACAAGCCGUUACUGAAUUUGAAGAAGGUGGAAUUGCAAUUGGAUUGA